UUACAUCAUGUCACUCGUAGUCAGGCCACAGUCCGAGAAUACUACGGCUAUUAUCAUAUGCGACUUUUACUACGAAUAUACCAGACACGCUUCUAGAAUCUUUUGCUGUGUAAUGGUGCAAUGGAUACUUAACUUGAAUAAGUGCCUAGUAAUUAUUCUAAAAAGGUGAAUCAUUUAUUAACCUAAAAAUUUGAAACUACUUCAAGCCCAUUACUCUGUAAUAAUUUGUAAUAUAACGUUUAAAUGACGGACUUUUAUGUUCAUUGCGCAGUCAUUUGUUUCAAAGGUUAUUUUGAGUUGUAAUGUUGGUUCUACUGGACUGAUUGCUGGUUGUUUGCGUCGAUAAGAAGUGUGUGUAGUGAAUUUGUGUUAUUCUGACUGUGUGGUUGAAAAUUAGCGGAGAGCAAUGGUAAAUCCCGAAGAAGUACUUCAAUCAUUAGACGAGUUCUCAAAGUUGAAGCCGAAAGAUAUUCCACGCGAACUAGAAGAAUAUCUUAUGUACGUGGCUAAAACUGGCGACCCUGUGUAUCAAUGGUCGGUGGUGAAAUGUUUGUUUCGUGAGAAGAUGUUGAACGUCAUAACAGAUUUUUACGAGUCGUGCCCUUCCAUCGACCUUCCACCGUGCCCGAACGUCGACCCUUUUAACUACGAAACGAUGAAAGCGAGUCUGUUGGAGCGCUUGGAAUCCUUUUCGAACGCCCCGUUCACCGUGCAGAGGCUCUGCGAGCUGCUCACGACCCCGCGAAAGGAAUACACCCGCGUGGACAAGUUCAUGCGCGCGAUCGAGAAGAACAUCCUGGUGGUGAGCACAAAGGAGCCCGGAGGGUCUCGUGCGCGGCCGGACGCCCCGCCGCCGCAGCCGCCACCGUCGUCGCAAGCGGACGUGCUCAUGAAUGGGGUUAUGGACGGCCGCGGGGCGGGCGGCCUGGACAUCGGGGAGGCCGUGGAGACCGUGAGCAGCGAAGGCGUCAACCUCAUGCAGGCCGGGGCGGACGUGGCCUUGGCGGAGACCAUUCGCGUGGAGUGCGAGGACAUCGAGAUGGACGACGCGGCCUCGGCCGGAGUGUGGGACCCCAAGGCGGGAGGCGAGCGUGCGGCCGACGCCACCGCUUCCACUGCCACCGCCACCGCCGUCGUUUGGGACGCCAAGGCAGAGGAAGAAUGUGCAGUCAACGGAGACGGACUCAAAGUUAUGGACACACCGGUUGAAGGGUCCACGGUGGUGUGGGACUCCAAGGAUGGAGAGUGCGGGGAGAGUUUGAAGGCUUUGUCACCCUCUCCAGAAGCUGCUCCGCCAGCUGCAGACCCUCCUGCUGCGUCCAAACCAGCUGAGGACGAGCACGAGGCUGCUGCGGUUGCUGUUGUAUCGGAAUUUCUUACUCCUAACCGAGAAGACUUUGGACAAGGAGGGGAAAUGAGCACAGGAGUUGAGAAUGUGCCUCUUGUCCUCGCAUCUGGCCCUGAUCCUGAACCGCAAUCCGGUGGAGCAGUUUCUGAUAUAUUUUUUUCCACAGUAUUCAUUUGGAAAGAGAAAGUUGUAGCAACAGAUUAUCAAGUAUUCAAAGUUUUCAACUUUAUUUAACCUGGUGUAACAAGAUAUGAAAUCGUUAAUUUGUCACUUGUGUGAGAUAAGACUUGCAAUACACAAGAUAUGACUGAUACUUUUUGUGGGUUUUUCGAUUCAGAAUUUAAAAUACCUUUUCCCUGAAUUUUCAUGUUUCUUAUCUGAAUAAUUGGCUCUUGUGUUGUAAAGAACACUACUGUAAGAUUGUGCAAAAGUAGAAUAAUAAUGUAAUCUAAAUUACAAUAGUACUAUGUUGGAUAAUUAUGUCUUCACUUACUUUAUGAAACCUUAAUACACAAAGAUUUUCAAUUUAACCAUUUGUUGUAUUGCAAUCGCUCAAAAAUUCUUUGUUAACAUGAUACAGGCUCUCAUCUGACAUGACAAGACGCAAAAAUUCUCUAAUUUUGAGAGCAUGGUCAGUCUUGGGGGGGGGUUAACUAGAGUAAAAUAUCAUCCCUUUCCUGGGAAGAAGAAUGACCGUACAAAUUUCUAAAAUGUAUUUAUUAUUUCAAUAGUUAGUUUUUGUACUACAUUGAAAAGAAUAAAAAGAGUGGCAUACUUUUUGAGCUUUUAAUUUUGCAAAUGUUGAUCACAUUGCUUAAGUUCGUAUUGUCCAAUAUCAUCAUUUUCUAUGGACUAGAAAAUGUAAUAUUUCUUGCAUUGUUUGUAGAUAUGUUUUUAGUAAUGUUAGUUUUGGGAAAUCCCCGGUUGGCUACUGUAAUGGGUAAAGUUACACAUCUCGUUAGUGCAAUUGAAAGGUUCAGAAAUAUUAGUCAUUCUUUUAACUUUAACUUUCUUGCAUGUUGUGUAGUCAGAAUCCACGUUUUGUAGGUGUUUGAUAAUCUAAAUUCGAUAGACAUAAAAACGUCUUUCUGUGGUCAACACUAGCACCAAAACAGAUAUUCCGUGAUCAAUUUUAAAUAACUCAAGCCCCCUUAAAUUUGAAAUGGAUAUUUAAAUUUCUGGGGUACUUUACAUAGUUCCUUUUUUUACCCCCCCCCCAAGUUUGUAAUUAAACUUUGUCCUUGGAUACCAUAAAGAAAUCUUAAAAAAAUUGGGUGGGGUCUUUAAAUUUUUUUAGCAUCUUAACAACAAUAAUUUUGAAGAUUGAGACUGUUUUCCAUAAUAAAAUCAGUAUUUCAAAGACAUCUUGAAAUAAGGUCAUGCAAAAUUUUUUGAA